UCUUCAGAUAUAAACCCCCGUGAGUCACACACUGAGACUCAGAAGAAACACACACUUCCUCUCUCUUCCUCUCUCUCUUCGGAGCUCAAUUUGGCCGUCAAUGGCGGCCUCCGAGGCUCUCAACGGCACAACCACCACCUCCAUCAGGCACGCGUUCGGCAACGUCCUCGCGUUCUUCAUACUUCUCAUGAUCGGCGUUCUCGCCUUCUCGAUCCGUCUCUUCUCCGUUAUAAAGUAUGAGAGUGUUAUUCACGAGUUUGAUCCUUAUUUCAACUAUAGAGUCACUCAGUUUUUGACAAAGAAUGGGAUAUAUGAUUUCUGGAACUGGUUUGAUGAUCGAACUUGGUAUCCCCUUGGUCGUGUAAUUGGUGGGACUGUCUAUCCUGGUUUGACCUUGACAGCAGGCACCUUAUGGCGGAUACUGAAUUCCAUUAACAUACCUCUCUCAGUUGAAACUGUUUGUGUGUUUACUGCACCUAUAUUCUCUGCCUUUGCUUCAUGGGCAACUUAUCUUCUGACAAAGGAGGUUAAGGGUGUGGGGGCUGGCUUGACAGCAGCAGUUCUUCUGGCUAUGGUCCCUUCGUAUAUAUCUCGAUCAGUGGCUGGCAGCUACGACAACGAAGCUGUUGCUAUAUUUGCUUUGAUAUUCACUUUCUACCUCUAUAUUAAGACGCUCAAUACAGGGUCCCUCUUUUAUGCCACUUUGAAUUCCAUAGCAUACUUUUACAUGGUUUGCUCAUGGGGAGGGUACACUUUUAUCAUUAAUCUUAUUCCAAUGCAUGUUCUCUUGUGCAUAGUAACUGGUCGCUAUUCUUCUCGACUGUACAUUGCAUAUGCACCUCUUGUUGUAUUGGGAACAUUAUUGGCUGCCUUGGUGCCAGUGGUUGGGUUUAAUGCUGUAAUGACAUCAGAGCAUUUUGCAUCAUUUCUGGUUUUCAUUAUCAUCCAUGUAGUGGCUCUUGUGCACUAUAUCAAAGGAAUUCUUUCACCAAAAAUGUUCAAAGUAGCUGUGGCACUAGUUGUUUCUGUUGGCCUGGCAGUGUGUUGCGCAAUGGUGGCAGUACUUAUAGCAUUGGUAGCUUCAAGCCCAACAAAAGGAUGGAGUGGAAGAAGUUUAAGUCUGCUUGAUCCUACUUAUGCAAGCAAGUAUAUACCGAUCAUUGCUAGUGUUAGUGAGCAUCAGCCACCUACUUGGCCUUCAUACUUUAUGGAUAUCAAUGUCUUGGCAUUCCUGGUUCCAGCUGGCAUUAUUGCAUGCUUUUCUCCCCUAUCUGAUGCAAGCUCCUUUGUGAUACUUUAUAUUGUUACGUCAGUAUACUUUUCUGGAGUCAUGGUUCGCUUGAUGCUCGUACUUGCUCCAGCUGCAUGUAUUUUGUCUGGGAUUGCUCUUUCUCAGGCUUUUGAUGUUUUCACAAGAUCUAUUAAGUUGCAGUUGCCCAGCCUAUCAGGUCAUUCUCACGUUGAUGCAGGGGAAACCAGUUCUGAAAGUGUUGUGCCAAAUGAUUUGGCGAAGACUGAUAAAAGUGAGGACACAUCAAAGGACCGGACCUCAAAGAAGAGUAAGAAGAAGGAAAAGGAACAUGUGGAAAAGCCUCCGAGCAAGUCACUAAUUAAGAAAAGGCUUUUGGUUUUACCUCUGGAAACAUCCAUCAUUGCUAUUAUCUUGCUUGUGUUGCUAGGUGCCUUCUAUGUGGUUCACAGUGUAUGGGCAGCAGCAGAAGCAUAUUCAGCCCCUUCUAUUGUUCUAACAUCGCAUUCACAUGAUGGAAUUCAUGUAUUUGAUGAUUUUAGAGAGGCUUAUGCGUGGCUAAGUCAUAAUACAGAAAUAGAUGAUAAAGUGGCAUCUUGGUGGGACUAUGGAUACCAAACAACUGCCAUGGCUAACCGAACUGUCAUUGUUGACAAUAAUACCUGGAAUAACACACAUAUUGCUACUGUUGGUACUGCCAUGUCUUCCCCAGAGAAGGCAGCUUGGGAAAUUUUCCACUCAUUGGAUGUCAAAUAUGUUCUUGUUGUCUUUGGAGGACUGGUUGGCUAUCCCAGUGAUGAUAUCAAUAAGUUCCUGUGGAUGGUUCGUAUUGGAGGGGGUGUAUUCCCUCACAUAAAGGAACCAGAUUAUUUAAGGGACGGUCAAUAUCGGAUUGAUUCCAUGGCCACACCAACAAUGCUAAACUCCCUCAUGUAUAAACUUUCAUAUUACAGAUUUGUGGAGACAGAUGGUAAGGCUUUUGACAGAGUGAGGCAGACAGAAAUUGGGAAGAAACAUUUCAAACUUACGCAUUUUGAAGAGGUGUUCACAACUCACCAUUGGAUGGUUCGGAUUUACAAGUUGAAACCACCAAAGAACAGGAUUCGAGGAAAGAUUAAAAAAUCAAAAUUUAAAGCAAGCUCAAAAUCUGCCUCGAAAAGAAAAGGAUUAAAAAGGAACCCCUUUUAGUUUAGUUUUUCAUUUCUUUUGAUAGAUGACUUUAUUUCUUAGUGUGCGUUUCAUGUAUACAUGUAUACAACUAAUGCAAUUGCCAUGAAAAGGAUUUUGCCGGCAUUAUUAGUUACUUGCUUGAGUAUCGAAUGAUCAAACAAAAAUUUUGAAACUAUAUAGUUUGACUGAAUGUUUAAGGUCUCAUUUUUCUGAUUGAAAUGCCCAUCAGCAAAAUGAUUUGAUAA